AUGGCGACACAGCUAGCCAAGAACUCGGCCCUUAGUGCAUUACUACAGGUCUCGCGAGGCAAAGUCCCCAACUACUCUCGGACAGGAGUUAACGUCAAAGACAUUGAGACCACCUCCGUAGAUGGCACUAUCACGCCACCGCCAGAGGUCGAGAAAGAUGAGCAGUCUUCAGAACGGGAGGAGAUCGUGACCUGGAACGGCAAAGAUGAUCCAGACAACCCGCAAAAUUGGCCCAUCGCCCACAAGAUGUGGGUAACAAUCCUGCUCAGUGUAUACACAUUCGCCAUCUACGUUGGAUCAUCAAUCUAUACGCCUGCUCAGCCCUAUGUCCAAGAACAAUUCCAUGUUGGCAACACAGCGGGCUCACUGGGCCUCGCACUCUAUGUCCUGGGCUAUGGCGUGGGAUGUCUAUUGUUUUCACCUCUAUCCGAAAUUCCCGCUAUCGGCAGAAAUCCACCAUAUGCGAUUAGUGGCUCCCUCUUCGUCAUUCUGUGUAUCCCGACAUCGUUGGUCGAAAACUACGCCGGUCUGAUGGUACUACGAUUUCUCCUUGGCUUCAUGGGCAGUCCAUGCCUUGCAACAGCUGCGGCAUCUUUGGCUGACGUCUGGACUCCACCACAGAUGCCUUUCGCAAUCGCGAUCUGGUCGGUGGUGGCUUCAGGCUCGCCAGCCGUUGGUCCUACACUGAGCGCAUACGCGAUAGAGGCACUCGAUUGGCACUGGCAUUCCUGGAUCUUGUUGAUGCUUGCCGGACCUGUGGUGGCAUUGAUGAUCUGCACCAUGCCGGAGACCUCUCCUGAAACGAUUCUGUACUACAGAGCAAAGCGCCUCCGUCAAGAGGGCCACAAGAAUGCCACCUCAGCAGCAGAGCAGAAGCAGAAGAACAUGUCGAUCAAUGACAUGGUCAUGUACUAUAUGGUCAAGCCAUUCGAGCUCAACGCCAAGGAUCCUGCUAUUCUCUUCACGACGAUCUACCUUGGACUGCUCUAUGGGAUCUUUUACAGCUAUUUUGAGUCCCUCCCCUUGGUCUAUCCUGUAUUUUACAACUUCCCAGCUACCAGCGUGGCACUGGUGUUCCUGACUGUCAUCCUCGGAGCUCUCGUGGCAUUCUGUCUACAGAUCGUCUAUCUUAUGAAGGCGGUCUUCCCACGAUUGCAAGCCGGCACAUUCGGCGAGCUCGAGAACUUUCUAAUUGGCGGCGUCGUCACUGGCCCGCUUGUAACAAUCGGCCUUUUCAUCUUCGCGUGGACCAGCCGUCCAAGUAUCCAUUGGAUCGUACCAACGAUCGGGCUCUCCAUGAUCAUCACGGGCAUCUACACUGUCGCUCAAUCAAUAUUCCAGUACUUGCCGCAAAUUUACCCCAGGUACGCAGCUAGCAUCUUUGCACUGAACAGUCUGAGCCGGAGUCUGUUCGCAGUGGCUGCCAUUCUCUACAGCCAUCCCAUGCUCGAAGCACUGGGCAUCGACGGCGGUAUCAGUCUCGACGCUGGGCUAAUGCUGCUGUGUAACCUCGGAAUGGUGGUGUUGUGGAAGUAUGGCAAGAAGUUGAGGGAGAGGUCAACUUUUGCGGAGAGCUAA